GUGAGCUUCCCCUUCCCUCCUCCCCUUCUCUCCUGCUUCGCCCUGCCCAUGUUUUGUGUGUCUCUGUCCAUCCAGACUCCUGACGUUCAAGUUCGCAGGGACGUCACGUCCGCACUUGAACUUGCAGCUCAGGGGGGCUUUUGCCAUUUUUUUCAUCUCUCUCUCUCUCCCUCUAUCUCUCUGCUCUCUCUCUCUCUCUCUCUUUUUUUUUUUUUGCUAAAAAAAAAGCCAUGACGGCUCUCCCACAAUUCAUCUUCCCUGCGCCAUCUUUGUAUUAUUUCUAAUUUAUUUUGGAUGUCAAAAGGCACUGAUGAAGAUAUUUUCUCUGGAGUCUCCUUCUUUCUAACCCGGCUCUCCCGAUGUGAACCGAGCCGUCGUCCGCCCGCCGCCGCCGCCGCCGCCGCCGCCCGCCCCGCAGCCCCACCAUGUCUCGCCGCAAGCAAGGCAAACCCCAGCACUUAAGCAAACGGGAAUUCUCGCCCGAACCUCUUGAAGCCAUUCUUACAGAUGAUGAACCAGACCACGGCCCUUUGGGAGCACCAGAAGGGGACCAUGACCUCCUCACGUGUGGGCAGUGCCAGAUGAACUUCCCAUUGGGGGACAUUCUUAUUUUUAUCGAGCACAAACGGAAACAAUGCAAUGGCAGCCUCUGCUUAGAAAAAGCUGUGGAUAAGCCACCUUCCCCUUCACCAAUCGAGAUGAAAAAAGCAUCCAAUCCCGUGGAGGUUGGCAUCCAGGUCACGCCAGAGGAUGACGAUUGUUUAUCAACGUCAUCUAGAGGAAUUUGCCCCAAACAGGAACACAUAGCAGAUAAACUUCUGCACUGGAGGGGCCUCUCAUCCCCUCGUUCUGCACACGGAGCUCUAAUCCCUACGCCUGGGAUGAGUGCAGAAUAUGCCCCGCAGGGUAUUUGUAAAGAUGAGCCCAGCAGCUACACAUGUACAACUUGCAAACAGCCAUUCACCAGUGCAUGGUUUCUCUUGCAACACGCACAGAACACACAUGGAUUAAGAAUCUACUUAGAAAGCGAACACGGAAGUCCCCUGACCCCGCGGGUUGGUAUCCCUUCAGGACUAGGUGCAGAAUGUCCUUCCCAGCCACCUCUCCAUGGGAUUCAUAUUGCAGACAAUAACCCCUUUAACCUGCUCAGAAUACCGGGAUCAGUAUCGAGAGAGGCUUCCGGCCUGGCCGAAGGGCGCUUUCCACCCACUCCCCCUUUGUUUAGCCCACCACCGAGACAUCACUUGGACCCCCACCGCAUAGAGCGCCUGGGGGCGGAAGAGAUGGCCCUGGCCACCCAUCACCCGAGUGCCUUUGACCGGGUGCUGCGGUUGAAUCCAAUGGCUAUGGAGCCCCCCGCCAUGGAUUUCUCUAGGAGACUUAGAGAGCUGGCAGGGAACACGGCUAGCCCACCGCUGUCCCCAGGCCGGCCCAGCCCCAUGCAGAGGUUACUGCAGCCCUUCCAGCCAGGUAGCAAGCCGCCCUUCCUGGCGACGCCCCCACUCCCUCCGCUGCAGUCCGCCCCUCCGCCCGCGCAGCCCCCCGUCAAGUCCAAGUCGUGCGAGUUCUGCGGCAAGACGUUCAAGUUCCAGAGCAACCUGGUGGUGCACCGGCGCAGCCACACGGGCGAGAAGCCCUACAAGUGCAACCUGUGCGACCACGCGUGCACGCAGGCCAGCAAGCUCAAGCGCCACAUGAAGACGCACAUGCACAAGGCGUCGCCCAUGACGGUCAAGUCGGACGACGGGCUCUCCACCGCCAGCUCCCCGGAGCCCGGCACCAGCGACCUGGUGGGCAGCGCCAGCAGCGCGCUCAAGUCGGUGGUGGCCAAGUUCAAGAGCGAGCACCACGACGCCUCCGGCCUGCUCCCGGAGAACGGGGACGAGGAGGACGAGGAGGACGAGGAGGACGAGGAGGACGAGGAGGAGGAGGAGGAGGAGGAGCUGGCGGAGGAGAGCGAGCGCGUGGACUACGGCUUUGGGCUGAGCCUGGAGGCGGCGCGCCACCACGAGAACAGCUCGCGGGGCGCCGUGGUGGUGGGCGUGGGCGACGAGGCCCGGGGCGCGCUGCCCGACGUCAUGCAGGGCAUGGUGCUCGGCUCCAUGCAGCACUUCAGCGACGCCUUCCACCAGGUCCUGGGCGAGAAGCACCACAAGCGCGGCGGCCACCUGGCCGAGGCCGAAGCGCACCGCGACACGGGCGACGAAGACUCGGUGGCCGGCGAGUCGGACCGCAUGGACCGCAUGGACGAUGGCACUGUGAACGGUCGCGGCUGCUCCCCGGGCGAGUCGGCCUCGGGGGGCCUGUCCAAGAAGCUGCUGCUGGGCAGCCCCAGCGCGCUGAGCCCCUUUUCCAAGCGCAUCAAGCUGGAGAAGGAGUUCGACCUGCCCCCGGCCGCUCUGCCCAACACGGAGAACGUGUACUCGCAGUGGCUCGCCGGCUACGCGGCCUCCAGGCAGCUCAAAGAUCCCUUCCUCACGUUCGGAGACUCCAGACAAUCGCCUUUCGCCUCCUCGUCGGAGCACUCCUCGGAGAACGGGAGCUUGCGCUUCUCCACGCCGCCCGGGGAGCUGGACGGAGGGAUCUCGGGGCGCAGCGGCACGGGAAGUGGCGGGAGCACGCCCCAUAUUAGUGGUCCGGGCCCGGGCAGGCCCAGCUCAAAAGAGGGCAGACGCAGCGACACUUGUGAGUACUGUGGGAAAGUCUUCAAGAACUGUAGCAAUCUCACUGUCCACAGGAGAAGCCACACGGGCGAAAGGCCUUAUAAAUGCGAGCUGUGCAACUAUGCCUGUGCCCAGAGUAGCAAGCUCACCAGGCACAUGAAAACGCAUGGCCAGGUUCUUCACACACCCCCAUUCGGCGUAGCACCCAGAGAGCUCAAGAUGUGUGGCAGUUUUCGGAUGGAAGCUCGAGAGCCCUUAAGUUCUGAGAAAAUUUGAAGCCCUCUGGGGCGGGGUGGACACAUGCCCCCCAGCCGCCGUCACCGUGGUCUGUCAUCCUGCUAGUUUGUGGUGUUUUCUGACAGUAGCCUCCAAGAAGCCGUUGUGCGAAGACAAGAGUCCUGCAGAGUCCUUCCUGCCUGGGCCUGCAGUGCCAUUUUAUUUAUAUUUUUUAAUAAAAAGUAAAAACAAAAAAACAAACCUACAUUGGAACAGUGAAUAAGUCCCAUAGAGAGCCCCCCCUCCCCGACACCCCACUUCGCUGUCUCGAGCGGCGUCCUGGCCCUUUUGAAACCAGCCAACCUAAUUCCCCGUAUUGUGGAAAAGAGCAUGAGUCCCCCACCCCUUGUUUCUAUACAUUCUAUGUUGUCUUUUAAAAAGUGUGCUUAACAUUGACACAAUAAAUGUUGGAGCUUUA